UUUCGAGAAACAUCAGUAGAAUGUAGGGGGUAUUUAAACGCGGUCCCACUUGGGAAGAAGCCAAACGCAUCGCGUAGUAGGUUGAGACAAAUUUUGAGAAGGUUAACCUAUUCAAAUAAGGCCAUCUUUGGGGUAGCAGGAUUGUUUCCGUUGGCCUGUAACGUCGUUAAUUCUUUGCAUACAACAGUUGGAGGGCGCUACUUUUUUUAUACUCCAUGAGUCCACGUCGCGUGGUUCAGGCACAACAAUGGCGGCUGUUAUUUAUUUAUCUGGGUAACUAAGAUCUGAACCAUUUCAGGGUAAUUAGGUCCAUUCAUUUUGGCCGUUCUCACUCAUUUUCGCGGCGAAUCUUGGUGACUCUCUGACAUUUGCUUGCUUCCAAGGUUGCUGCUAUUUUGGGUUCUCAAAGGAGGUAGUUAUUUAAGUAAUGGCCAACAGAUAUUACGGUGAACAUCCGGGAACCACGCAUAGUAAGAGAAACUGAAAAAAGUAACCAACAGUGUUGUCGAAUAAAAAAGAAAUCCCACCUUUUCAUUUUUUUAGAGGUGCUGCUCUCGAUACUUUACCUGGUAGCAACCCCAAGUUUGGACCAAAGCGAGCUGAAUGCCACUCACUCGCUCUCCAGCUAACUAAAUAAUCCCCACCAAACUGCUCCCGCUCUUCCUCCAUUUUGAGAUUCAUGGGAUGUUUAUUUCUGCUGAGAGGAACUAAGCAAAAAUGCUGGCUCCCAGGGUGAACACAAGCCAGGUUCUCUAAAAGUGGAAAACCUUUCCCAGUUCAUGUCAGCGAAGAAUGGUCUGUCCCGCACGUCGUCCAGGGGAAUUUAUUAUUGUUUGGGAAAUCGAACUGCGCAGUGCUCACUUCUCACCCAAUCUUCAAGCAGGGGUUGUCGAGUGUUGCACUACGACGCAGCGUACUCUCCAUGGCUUGUAUGGGUUUUUGUGAUGGUGUUGAGAGGGUCGUGCCUAAUAUAGGCCCUAAUCCCCGCCCUGCGGCGAGGUGACGAAAGGAGAACGCCGCAAGCCAGAGGUUAUUUGUUUCCUACGUACGGAGUAAAUAACUGUACUUCCUUUCAAGUUGUCCUUCCACAUAUUUACGGAAGGGUCGAAUGCUUUCUUUUUCUUUUUCUUUUUCUUUUUUUUUUUCGGGCUUUGUUUCCCCUCUCCUUUGUCCUCUAUUGGACCAAGCUCCCUUCCAACUCCGAUUGACCAUGAUCCGACUGAAAUCGGUAUAUAACCCUUUUUUGGGGGUUUUCCAUUGGCUGGAAGAUCCCUGUUAUUGGACAAUAGCAGAUCGGAAGCGCGAAAUAAGACGGUUAGACGGGCGAGAGAAUAGUAUAAAAACUCUACGCAUACUCAUCCGGAGAGCGCGGGGAAAACUCUUGGAAAACCAACUGGGCGGAAUAAGUCGAAUUCAUUCCCUGAUUUGAGAAAUUCGGCCGACAAGAGCUGGGUAUGGGAGGAGGAGAUGUAAGAGUUCCAGGUUUGGGAAGACAUAAAUAUUGAGGAGAAACUUGCAUCGAGCCAUAUUCCGGAGAAUACCUUCGCAUUUCAAUUUCACAACUGAUCACCCCGCAACGCUCAGCAACCCCCCCAAAUUACAGAGAAGAUUACCUGCUGCAGAGAAACAGUAGUAGAUCCUUCAUACCGUUACCUCACCUCAGCCUACCCUAGCUCAUCCCGGUCUGGUCUUCCAUAAUACAAUCGGGGAAGCUUCACCCAGCGCGUACUUGCUGCCCUUUGCAUAAUCUGCUCAGAAUAAUUUAGAACCUUUAAUUAACAACAAGGAAUAGGGAAAAGCGACGAAGAAAAAGGGUAUUCAUGGCAGCAUUGUACGGUGACGACGACUUUACAUUUCGAUCGCAUGACAUCAUCCAAGAGCAAUCAUGUCUGCCACCAGAUGUUCACGCCAAAAUGAUUCUGACGCAGUCAUCGCCUGACUGGAGCAAUCAGCUUCAGCAACAACCGCAGCUGCAAGAAGGGGCCCCUAUCUAUUCGCUUCAUAACCACCAUCAGCAACAUCAAGAGGAAUAUCAUCUGGGGAAUCAACUUUACUACUACCAAAGGUUCCAAAUCGAGCAGCAACGGCAGCAGCAACACCAACAGGAGCUGCAGUUCCAAUACCAAUCGUACCCAUACCAACGCCAGCAUCAGCAACCUUGCAACCAUCGAAACAAAUCCAACGACCAAAGUGAGCGAAGGCCCCAACGCCUGGCCUUACCUCGUCUCGACACUUCUUUCCCCGCCGUCCGACCGCCCAACCAACCCAUCAAGAGGCCGAGAUACUAUGCUAACUUCCCAAUAAGCACUCCCGCCAGCUCCACCACAUCCACCCCACUAUCUCUCAAAGCGAAAUGUCAAACCCUUCCCGAGGGUGCCCAACACCAAGCAUAUUCCUCGGUAUUCACAGACCCUGACAGUGCAAGCUCAUUCCAUUCAGAUCCCAGACAACCCGCCUCAGCAGCUGCAAUUAUUCCCACACAAACCCCAGGUUCAUCGGAGCCCGUGCUUCCCGAACAGAUGAAUCAAAUCGAUAGCGUCCCAAGACGUCCCGCCAAGGCCACGAAAUCCCGAACUCUGUUUGGAGUUAUGGCAUCUAUCGUAUCCUCGUCACGCAAGGAGCGGAGCGUGGCCGAGAACCAGAAGUCAGUAGUAGUACCUCAGCUCUCGGAUGCCAGUGCUGUGGCUCAUGUUAAGAAAAAGCCGGAGCGAAUUCAGGCCCUGUUUGCGUUGUUGGAGGGGUUGGUCAGCAAGGACAAAUAAAUUGAGCUCCGGCCGUUGGAUUCGAUCAAUUGAUCCUUUUCACUUUUGAUGACCUCCGGUGUUUGGGGUUGGUGAUGGUAGUGGUGUUUUUGAAAGAGGCCAUUCUUUGCUCUUUCGAUUCUGUGACGAGGAAGAUCAACUACAGCAGGGCGGUGAAUCCAGGCGAACCAUCUCAAGCAUUUUGCUUUGUAUGUCUUCUUUAUUUCCUUUUCAGAAUCAUUCAUCAUCUCUGUAUAUCUGUCGUGCUGGAGUUAACCGGUCGUUCCAUUCUCAGUUUUUCAUUUCUUUAUCAGUUUACUUCCUUGUCUUCCACCUGUUUUUUCUAAGUUAGGGGCACGAGGCGAUUCUCCAGGUUGUCUUUCCAAGAUAGGAAACAUAUACUGUCGGGGAUCUUUUCCAUACGUGUUUCACUGUCGAAGACUCGACGUCAACUUAAUUAAAUUGCGUCUCUGAUAUACAUACCUUAGCACUUCUAUCAUUUGAAGAGGCUGUAUAUGAUCGUGAAUUAUACGCCGUGAUGCUAUCCUCGACGAAUAUAACGCGAUCUAGAGGCGAUGUACGAAUUCAUGAUGGAGGAGGGUUAUUACAUCUUGCGAGUAGCUUCAGAGGCGAUUCCUCUAUGGCCCGUAGACAUGGCUUCUGUCCUGGCGUGGCCGAUGCAAUAUAAACGAACCGCUGCCCAUCGCACCGAGACAUUUGGAGAAGCCGUGAUAUCCCAAGAAAUCCUCUCUCUUUGUCGAAAGAAAUUCGGCAUCCGAAAGACCGUAGGAGUUUAAACUUCAAAAAUGUCGGAAUGAAUUCUAGCCAUGGUAGUUUCCGUCACGCCGGACAAUAAGCGAAAUAGAUGCAUUGAGUGUCCACGGAGCCGGCAUCCUUCUGCAGAGGCGGGCAUUUUAGAUCUGGAGUCCGUAACCCGAAAUUCCGGACACCGUAG